AUGGAUCUAAUUCCCAUUUCCAAGUAUCCUGUGGGUACGAAUGCAGUUGUUCUGGCCAAUUUUGGCCGAAGUAUGGAAGAUCAUUUGAUUGGGACCGAGAUUCAUUCCGGUAUUCCCAUCGCUUUCCCAAAUGUGGGUGAGAUUGAGGAAGGUGUGAUGACUCUGUACAAUGUCAGAAGAACCGGAGCGAAAUUUCAUGGUGCUUGGAUUUUGUCUUCUAUCCCUGGCUUUCCCCCCCAAAAGCAUAGGCCUCCAGUUCCUACGGACCUUGGCUUCUUCCAUGAUGUUUGUUGUGGAUUGGGUGGAUUUGCAACUGGCUUGGAUUUUCUGCAUAAUGCUUGUGGUGUUCCAGGUCAUGUGAUUGCUGCUGUCGAUGUUUGUCCCUUGGCCACGUCUGCCUUUCAGUUGAAUCACGAGGCCUUUUCGAUCCAUGGAGAUAUCUGUUCACAUGACACGAUCUUCCAGAUGCACAUUCAGCAAGCCAAAGCGGGAGUUCAACCGCUCCUGGUGGGUGGCUUCCCAUGCCAACCACUUUCCCGGCAGGGAUUUCAAAAAAGGCAGUUUGACGACCGCAGCCGAGUGUUGCCUGGUUUGCUGAAGGCCGCGUACUGGCUUCAAGUUUCAGGGGUGUGUUUGGAGUGCGUCCCAGAAGCACUUAGUGACGCAAGCACACAAGAAAUUUUGGUGGAAUUUGCAAAGUUGAUGAAUUUCACAAUCUACCAAAGGGUCUUACACCUCCAACAUGUGUGGCCUGCCAAACGAUCAAGGUGGUUCGCUGUGUUGCUUCCAAACAUUCCCGAGUUCCAGCUGCAUCCCAUGCCAUGUUUGAAUCCAUUGCCAACUGUCGGGGAUGUGAUUCCCUUCAACUUGUGGCCAACAUGGAGUGAUCGAGAUGAAAGCCAGUUGGAAUGGACAGACUUGGAACGACAGGUGUAUAAAGAUCCCACCUAUGGUAAUCCAGAUCGUCGAGUGGACUUGACUCAGCCGUUGCCAACUGCUUUGCAUUCCUGGGGUUCAGCUUUGUACAAAUGCCCAUGUGGCUGCCGUAGUCAGGGUUUCAGCCCAAGCACACUGAAAGCCAAAGGCCUGCGUGGAAUCGAAGUAUUGUCAGGCUUAUGGCCACAUGCCUCAAGACACAUCCAUCCGAGAGAACUGCAGUUCUUGCUUGGAUUUCCUCCGCUCCAAGAGAUUUUGUCGGAUUGCAGAGCCCAGCUGUGUUUGUUCGGCAAUUCUGUGUCUCCCAUUCAGGUGCUUUGGACUUUAGCACAUGUGUACCAGGGUUUGAACAUGAUGACAAAGACACCCAGUGAAUGCAUAUGUGAGUACAUGCGUGCUAUCAUUGUGCACCGUGACAUCACUUGGCCAAGUCCACGACCAGGAGUAGGCAAUGCAACUUUGGAUUUUCCUCAUGGUAGUGUCCAGGUAGCUUUCCAUACCAAGCAAACCAUAGGUGAUUUGAUCCAAGCUGAAGCGACCUUGCAGUUUGACACCAGAAGCAUCCGUCUUUUGUGCCAAGAUUUGGAACUCCCAACAUGGGCUUUUGUCCAAGAGCGCAGGUAUCAAGUGGAUAUUCUUGUCUCAGCUGUUGGUUUUCCAGUCCUACCAGUGCCUGUUUGCCUGGAAUACUUAGGCAUCCGCAAGAUGUAUGUGGUUCCAUCCAGCUUCACAAUUGAGAUGCUUUUGAAUUGGGUAGGGAUUCAAGGGUUCCGUGCGGUCGUCGAUGUCUUUCAGGAGCCACAGCAACUCAAGAGUAUCAUUUCCCCCUGGCAAGUGCUUACUGUGCAGUCAGAUCCGGAGGAUGUGGAAUUUGAAUUGUCCUUGAGGCUCGAUGGACUUGGAGCCGACAACAUGCCAGGUACUUUUGGUUUUCGCUGCACCGAAUCCUGGGGAGGCACUGGUUUGUGGCAUGUCGAUCAACUUGUGAGGUCCAACUUGUUGGUAUCUUGGGCGGGGUCUGGAUUUCUACCUCUGGCGGUUUGGCUUCCGUCUUUUGCGUCUGCCGUCGUGGAACUCUGGCCCAGUUCGGUUGAAGAUUCGCUGAAAGCUUGGGUAUCUGUCCCUACCACUCGCUUGUAUGCCAUUGUUUUGGAACAGUGGGGUUGGAAUCUCUUGCGAAUUGUCAUGUCUCCACAUGAGUCCGUUGUGACUUUCUUUGAACCUGAGUGCCAAGUUUCUGUGUCGGCAGCACAUUUGGCUUUUCGUGCUCAUGUCGCUGGAAACAGACAGGUGCGAACGGAUGUUCACCUAGCACGAGGCAUUGAGUUUGGUUUACCAGGUACCCUAGAACGCAUCUUCGCACUUUUGGACUUUGAUUUGGACUUGCCCAGUCAUGUUGCGAAGGUCUUGCAACAGAAUCGACAAAGUCGGCCAUUUGACUUUGGCGGAGAUUGCAGGGGAACCUGCUCUCCCACACUGGUUUAUGAAGCAACCCAAGAUCAACUUCCAAAGCCCUUGACGCCUGAGGCAUCCCCCGUCGCUGGCAUUGGACUUACUGCCAAAUUCCUUUUUGACUUUGCCAAAGCUUGGAUCGUCAAUCGCCCUUUGGACUUUCGGGCAGAACAGAUCAAGGUUGUCAGUGUUGGGCAGGAGAGUGCUCUGCAGGUCAUUUGCCAAACUCAGCUACUUCAGGUCAACUGUGCACCUGUUUUCAUGUUUGUGCUGGUCGACCGCCAUUGGACUUUUCUUAGCUGUUCACUCAUACAGGACAGGCUGGAGAUCAUGCAUUAUGAUGGACUUGCUUGCACCAGCAUUCAGCAGCUCAAUCCCGUCAUUGAAAGUUUGAAGACAGCGUGGCAGGUCACUCGAGUGUCAGUGCAUACCACAUGGAAAUUCCCACAAACAAGAAUCGAUUCAUGUGGCACCAUAGCUCUUGCGCACUUUGGUUUUCUGCUUGGACUUUUGACUGAGGAUCAGGCAGAUCAAUUCGAACUGCUGCACGAAAGCCUUGCCAUUUGUGGAAGCAUGACACAUGUCCAUGGCCCAAGUGGUUUUGGAGCUGAAGAGAACGCAGUGAUCAAAUCACUUGAGCAGAUCCUGCCAGCGCAUGGAGUGCCACCCGAUGAAGUCAAAAACCGUGCGUUAGCUGCCAUCAAGGUGUUUGGAAUCCCUGCGAUCACGAGGGCCCUUGGAGCCAAGAACACAUGGAUGUCGCUGAAACAAUUGGGCAACUCCAGACCCAAACCUUUCAUGUGGGUCACACAUGAAGAACUUCAGAUCCAUAUUCGUGAUCGGUCGCAUCAACAGUUUGGAAUCGAAUCAGACAGCAAGAAAGGCCGACGUAGCAAAGAAGCCAAGAAACCUGCCUUGCCAGCCCAGCUCGAUCCUGCGAGCUUGAUGCUUCCAGCUGGAGUUUUCACGACCAACGACGGCACAGCACUGGCACAAAUCGGAAUCACUGAGGUCCAGAAGAACGCAAGGGGCAUAGCUUUUGGCACAUAUCAAGACGUGCAGCCUUUUUUGGCCGAAGGAAAAUCAAUUUCUGCCGAGGGUUUGUCAAUUUUGGUUGUUGGAUCCAUGCCGGAAGCCGCUCCACAGGGUUUGCCAACACAUGCUUUGCGAGUCCCAGCCAUCUACCGUGGAACAAAUGAGCCCAUCAUUCUCGAUGUCAUCUCUGUUCAGUUAGGCGAUCAAGCAGUGUAUCGGAAGAUCAGCCAAGAGGCUCCAGAAUUGGCAGUUUUCCCGACAGUUGUUUUUCGGCUUCAUGUUUUUAAGGACCUUUGGACUUUGUCGCAUGAUUGGUCUGAGUUUGUUGCUCAUCCUGUCAGAUCGUUGGUUCAGUCCUUUCCCAUCUUGAAACUGUGCAGAAACCCUGACUGUGACUCCUUGUGUGGAGCCUACCAUCCAUCGAUAGAAGAAACCGGGGUCGAAUCAGGUUUGGUAGAUGUUUGGGCCUUCAGAUGGAUGAAAACAGAUGGCGCCAAAGCCACACCUGCCAAUGCCGAAGUCAUGUCGGUUUACUUUCGUGUGCCGGAGUCAUCUUUUGUCAGCCUCCAUAGUGCUUCCGGGACAGACGGUGUCUUUUUUGAGCCACGUUGCCAGGAUUCACCGGGUGCCGAUCCAGCCUUUUCAGUUGUGUGGAUUCCACAAGCGACCAUGCCAGACAUCAUGCACAAGGUCAAAACCCAUGACCAUUGCCUUGCCGCCUGUCGCAUUGGAACAAAAUAUGGAGUUAGGUGCCAAGCCAAAUACCAGGAAGAAGUACACAACGAAUUGAGGCCCCAGGUUCCCUUUGUGCAUUGUGCAAUCAAAGAAGUGUACCGCCUUGAGCCACUCCCUGUCGGUACACAUCGCCAGUCUCUUUCCGACACUUUGCAAACAGUCAACUGGAAAGCCAAGCCAUUGCAGCCCUGCAAAGGCUCCCAAGGGCGAGCAUGGACUGUGGGAGCUGAGACCCCACCACCCAGUCAGUUUAUCCAGGCCAAACAUGGUUGGAUUAGUGUUGCCAAGGUGAAAGAUCAGGUACAAUCAGCGCCAGCUCAACAUCUGAUCGCCACUGCCAAAACCAAGCAGCACAUUGGCACUACUCGCCCAGCUGCGUCCUCAGCACAGCCUGUCGACCCCUGGACUUCUGGUCGAGAUCCUUGGGGCGGGUAUCAAGCGGUAUCCGUUAAAGCCCCGGCACCACCAUCACAACAUGUGCAGCAGAAGUUUGAUGAUGUUGAACAACGUCUUCAAGACCAUAUCAAGACCACUAUCGCCCAGGAGUUGCAAGACACCGACACCAGCUGUCGAGUUCAACAUGUAGAGCAACAAAUCCAGUCGAUCAUCGAGCACCAGACCAGACUUGAGCACUGGGUGACAGAAGGUGGCACCAAAGUCACCGGAUUGCAGCAGGACUGUCAUCAGCUGCAUCAAGCUGUCGAGCAAUGCCAUCACCGAAUUGGUGAACAAGGCCAGGCCAUCAAUCAAGUUGCAACAGACGUCUCAGCAUGCACUCAGGCUCUGGUAGUCCAAGGUCAGGCCAUCACCAAGGUAUCGUCAGACGUGUCAUCGCUCCAAGACGGUCUUUCUAAGACUUUGGAAUCAUACUUUGCCAAGCAGACAGAGCAGAUUGAAUCGCUCAUGGCCAAGAAAGCCCGCACGGCUUGUCGGGAUCUCACUAUGCUGGUGCUUGGACUGGGGUCCUCAAUUUCGCUGAUUGCCAUCUUCGUCAGGAUGUUGGUUCUGUGUUCCCUGUCGGUGUGUGGCCUGUGGGUUGCCUACAUCCGUCUGAGCCCUCUGAUUCGUUUGACCUUCGUUUGUUGGAUUCCACGAGCAGAUCGUAGUUUCUUUGGCCGUGGUAAGAUGACUCAGCCAAAACCACGAAAGUGCAACUAUGCAGUUCCCAAGCAUAGCCGGCCAGGUGAAGUUCAGCAGGUCUGUGGUUUCUUGAAUCGAGCCGUUGCUCGCUGGUUUAAACAGUUGCGUCGGAUGCAGUCGUAUAUGCAUGCGGUUAGGUCAGACAAUGCAGGUGCUACCUUUCUGGCUCGUGCAGCACUCUGGAACAGCAUUCUCCAUGCGGCAGGAUUUGAACAUGGCUUUGUGACCUGGUGGCCAUCACGACCAGUCAAGCUGCAGGGUACGCCUGACACAAUCCCGGCGUACCCACCAGAUGAAGUCAUAGCUGGCCUUUUGUAUGAUGACUUCUAUCACAACUAUCGCCGUUUUGAAAGCUGGCAACUACAGAAACGACGUUUGAGCUGUCAAUCCAAGAUGACGUCAUCAACCAAGGGCCUUUUUGCUGUGUCUAGGAAACCUGCCAAAGACACCUUGGACUGUUUGGAGGAUAAGUUCCCACAGGCUAUUUCCCUUGUGAAUCCACAGGAAUGUGUUGUGCAGGUGCCGGAGCCUUUUCCGACGGAGAAUGUGACGCAUUGGACUUUGCAAGAUCAGCCAGCUGUGGUUAAGCCCCAUCCCGAGGGUUACCAGGUUGAAUCUGAUUACUUGUUGGCCGAAAAUCAGAUCCUGACUUGCCAUGUUGCGGUCCAUGAUUUCAAGCGUGCUAUCAGCUCUUUCAAAACGAAUGCAGCCACCGGGCCCUGCGGAUGGUCCUUGCAGGAUCUGAAGCACCUGAACGAAUCCCAAGUUGGGGCUGUCAUUGACUUUUAUGCAGCCAUUGAGUCCGGCGCUCCUUGGCCAACCCAGUGGUGCGUAGGCCUGAUCCAUUGCUUGCAGAAACGUGCGUCCAGCUGCACGGUUGAUGGAUUUCGCCCCAUCACGGUUACCAGCUUGUUUUACCGGAUCUUUGCGGGCAUUCGAUCAGGCCAGAUCCUUGCCAAGUUGUCUGCCCGAGCGGCAAGAUUUCAAUGUGGUUUUGUCAAGGGUCGUCAAUCGGCCGAUGUUUGGUACCUGGUAGGGGUUUGCUUGGAAUUGGCCAUGCAGCAAUCCAUGCCUUUGUUCGGCGCUGUUGCGGACAUUGUCAAAGCUUAUAAUGCCCUUCCUCGCUGCCCUGCGUUUGAGUUUCUGCGUUUGAUGGGUGUGCCGACUUGGUUCAUCAGUGUCUGGUCUGACCACCUUCAACAGUUCACUAGGUUCUUCGUUGUCAAUGGAGAUACAAGCUCAGCUGUCCAAGCCUGCACUGGAUUUCCUGAAGGCUGUCCUUUAUCAUGUGCCGCAAUGGCAGCCAUUGACACUGCAUGGCACUGGUGGCAAUCCGUGGCCUCGCCACAUCCUGUCUGUUUGAGUUAUGUUGACAACCUUGAGUUCCUCGGCGUCUCUUCUGCGAUUGUUCAUGGGGCCGUGCAAACCCUUUUGUCCUUCUGUUCCCUUUUGGACUUGGACUUGGAUUUUUCUGCCUUGUGUGCGUGGUCCACUAGCCAGUCAGGUCGAAAGGAACUUAAAACUUUGGGGUAUAAUGUAAGUUUGGGAGCCAGGGAUCUUGGAGGACAGGUCACAUACUGUCGACAGCUGAGAAACCGUGUCCUUACGGACCGGAUAGCCAGUGUCAAGCCAUACUAUGGCAAGCUCAGGAAUGCCAAGCUUCCAACGCAAGCCAAGCUGCUCAACUUGCGUCAGGUGCUGUGGCCCCGGGCUUUACAUGGUUGCGAAGCUGUGACAGUGGGGAUCAGUCAUUUCACGACUAUGCGUUCUGGAGCCAUGCAAGCAGUUAACUGGAAAAGAGGAGGAGCAUCUCCUUUGGUGCGUUUUGGGCUCAUCCAUACCUUUUCUGACCCAGCGUGGUUUCAACUCUGGCGUGUGGUGCAGACCUUCCGCAAACAAUACAACAGUAACCCCGUGAUUGCAGAUUUCUGGAAAAAAUUUUGUGAAGCACAGCAUGAAGACUCUUAUGGGCCUUUUGGCAAGUUGUUGGACGUUCUGCAGAAUAUUGGUCUGCACAUCGAUGAAUCGGCAUGCAUUUGGUUUUCCCAGCGAGGCCAUUUGGACUUGACUGCUUGCUCAGAUGAGAUGCUUGAACAGGUCCUUGCCCACUGCUUCCGAGGUGCAAUUGCAAGACAAGUUCAACAACGAGAGGGUUAUCAAGACUUGAAUGGUUUUGAUCAUGCUUUGACAACGUACUAUGACAAGAGUUUCCAGUCAUCUCAGGAAUUGCUUUGGGAAGCUUUCCAAGCAUUACCAAGCUUGGUCACAACGUAUGAGAUGCAGCCAACGGGAGGCACCUGGCAUUUGUUUACAGAUGGCACAUGUGCCGCUCGUGAAGAUCCAGGCGCUCCACUGGCAGCUUGGUCAGUAGUGUGGGCCGAUCACGGCACCGUUUCUUGCGGUUAUCUGUCAGGUAUCCAUCAAACCAUUUUUAGGGCGGAGACAACUGCUAUUCUGAGCGCUUUGGGUUGGGUGCAACAACAUGAAGGGGUUCUUCAUCUUUGGGUGGACUCGCAAUCAGUGCUCGAUUGCCUUAGGGAUCUCUUGCGUGGAACUGGAACAGCGUCAAAGUAUGACCAUUCAGACCUGUGGAAGGAGAUUGAGACCAUCUUGACAGUGGUGAGAGCCGAGAUUGUCCCACACAAGGUUGUUAGCCAUUUGCCCUUAGCGGAGUGCAUUAGCCCUCUGGAAGAAUGGACGCAGAAGUGGAAUGCGGCGGCAGAUACACAAGCAGAUUUAGCAAACGUGACAAGACCAAAAUUUUUCACUCGAGUGUGGAACAGAUUCUUGCAGUAUCGAAAAGACUGGAAGCAACGGGUGAAGCUGAUGACUAGCUUUCACCUUGCAGUGGCAGCAUACGAUUGUACAGGGUUUCUCACGCCCUUGGCAUGUUUAGAGCAGAGACUUCUUGGACAUGUGGGCUGCGCUGCUGCCCGCAUGCAUGCUCCAAUCCGUGCGCAAUAA